CUUGAGGACGAUAGUCUUAGGAGGUCACCGAUACAUGCAGCAUCUACGCAACAUGCCUAUCUUGACGAGUAUCCAAGGGUGGAAUGGUUCACUGGUGACCUCUGAUUCAAUCUUAAAAGUGACGAGACAGCCUCCGCCAACAAGCGACUCGGAAAUACACACUCUGUCGGACCGUUCGUCAGUCCUAUGAUGGAGAGAGAUGAACUGCUUGGAUGUGAAUAACACGUCAGCAACUGCUGCUGAAACGCGGCAAGUCAUGGCGAGGAGACGGCGGGCCGGCUGGCUGCUGGUUUAAGCUAGGGGAGACUUUGAGGUUUGACAGCCGAAAAGCAGAGGAGGAAGAGGUUCGUCUCCCUCAAGCUCGCGUCUGCCAAUAUUUGUGACCACCCCGGAAGCAGCAUUCCUUUUGCGCCAUUUCUGACGACAAGCAAUAAGCGCGAGAGGAAUUCAUGACGGUCAGCAUGGUUCCCAUCCCGCGCUGGAUCCAUGUAGCGCUCUUUCUUGCGGUCCUGACAUCUGCAGUUACUUCUUGCUCUGGACGCCUUCUGGGCAGUACUAAGAAGGAACACAAGGGAGGAGCGCCACGCCUUUCCUGGAGCAAUCUGCAUGUGAUUGGCACUCCUAGAUACCUGUGCAUUCCAAAAGGGGCUUCAUGGAUGGAAAAACAUGAAGGAAGACACCAUUGUGCCUAUAACGCAACGUCAGGGAACUACAGGGCUGUCGGAGUGGCAUAUGAUUUAGACCAGAGCCCCGUGGCAGACCGCAAGGCGGAGCUAUCAGCAGUGUUCGCAGACUACGAGCAAGUCUAUCAUGGAGAAGAGUGCUUGAACGACCUCCAGAUUACGGCCCUGCUGACGAUAAGCGUGAAGAGGGGCCUGGACGAGGCAGCGGAGUGCGUCAGGGCUCUCGACAACUUCUCCUGUGACAUUCAGGUCGUUCUUCUCGACCUCGUCUUCGCAAAAGGCAAGGACUGGCUCUGCGAGCAGGAGAAGUUCAUAGCAAAACUCAACAAAGAGGACUGGAGUGGGGCCGCUGAAGUGCUCGAAGAAACUGAAUGGUGCAAAAAGAACGAGGAAAGGUGCAAGGAUGACAUUGCAAAGCUUCGGGGCGAGUCUUCGGCGGUUUAGAAAUGUUGUACAGUGCUGCACCUGUACACUUCUCAGAAAGAGCGCGCAAAUAGUGUGCGGCCUUAAACCUGAUUGCCAAAGUUUUGUGAAGAAGCUAGUCCACCACUUCACCACUUGAACCCAUGCUUCCUUUUAGGGCUUAAGCAGCAGCUUCGAGGUACUGAUCCAUUGCGUACAGACUUGGACUUCAGGAAUGUAGGUACUGAAAGUCGAACCCGUUUUUCGUUUUCGUGUUUACUGAACACUCUCUCACUUGUGUCGAGUCGUACUUGUGACUUCUCAGAAUCUUCACCCGCUGCUGUGUAUCACACUUGGUAGGACCUCCAAAUCGCGCCCUGUCACAAAGUGAUCUGGAGGACUUGGCCUACUCAGCUGCGGCAAAAUGGUUCACCGCCUUUCCUGCACGCAUCAAUAGUUGCAAUCAAGA